AUGACGAUCAAAUUCACUGUAUUCAAGGGCUCCAAAGAUGGAAUCACCCAAGCGGAGAGCGAGCGACAGGAUCUCAAACACGACGAUGUCCUAGUACGAACCACGCAUUCGGGAGUGUGCGGCACGGACGCUCACUACCAGUCAGUCGAUAUGGCCCUUGGCCAUGAGGGAACGGGUGUGGUAGAAGCAACCGGACCAGAUGCGAAGAUUUUGAAGAAAGGUGAUCGCGUGGGCUGGGGAUAUGAGCACGACUGCUGUGGCUUUUGUAAACAGUGCCUCACCGGAUGGGAGACAUUGUGCAGUGAGCGAAAAAUGUACGGCCAGGCCGAUCUCGAUCAGGGAUCUUUUGGUACCCACGCCGUAUGGCGCGAAGCCUUUUUGUUCAAGAUUCCCGACGACAUGAGUAACGAGGACGCUGGACCCCUGAUGUGUGGUGGUUCGACAGUUUUCAACGCUCUCCAUGUCGCACAGGUUCGUCCGACCGCGCGCGUUGGUAUCGUCGGAAUAGGCGGCCUGGGACAUUUGGCUAUCCAGUUCGCUGCAAAGAUGGGUUGUCAAGUCGUGGUCUUCUCCGGCACAGACAGCAAGAAGGAUGAGGCGAUGAAACUGGGAGCUGGCGAGUUCUAUGCGACCAAGGGUGUGAAGGAGUUGAAGAUCAAAGCUCCGAUCGAUAAUCUCAUUGUGACGACCAGCAGUCAGCCAGAUUGGCCGAUGUACUUGAAUAUCAUGUCGCCUGGUGGUGUCAUUUCGCCUCUUUCUGUCGAUUCCAACGAUCUCAAAAUCCCAUAUAUGCCACUGCUCGCGAACGGCCUUCGGAUUCAAGGAGGUAUCGUGGGUUCGAGACAGGUCCACAAGGAUAUGCUUGAAUUUGCUGCAUUCCAUAAGAUCAAGCCUGUGAAGAUGACCUUCCCUAUGACGUUGGAUGGUGUUAAACAAGCCUUCAAGACACUGGAUGAAGGGAAAAUGCGUUAUCGUGGCGUCUUGGUGGCACCCUAG